AUGGCCGACAGCGGGCGCCAGACCAAGGUGGCUCGUCCGACGCCAGGAGAUGCGCUCGCGCUUCCGCACGUCGUCGAGGCCAUUGCCACGAGCUUGGACAACCAGGACGACUUUAGCAGUUUCCUCCACGCGGUGCCACACUCGCUCUGGACGCCGGCGCUGUCGGCCUUUCUCGACUGCACCACGGUGAUGCCAUCAUCGGUCAUCGCCAACUGGCCGCACAUCAAGCUGCGCGACAUGGACUUGCCGCCUUCGGUCUUGGCGCUACUCGCGGCGACGCUGCCGCUGCGUCCACGCAUCGAACUCGAGUAUGUGAUCUGCGACGCCGCACCACUGGCCUCGCUCGUUGCCGCCGUCGGCCCAUCCCUCCGCAACGUCAUUCUCUGUUUCUACAGUGGGCGCAUGGUCCAAGGCCGAGGCCGAGCGAUCAGCAACCUCCUCUUGCAGCGCUGCCCACGUCUGCGCCAAGUGUCUAUCUCAAUCAUUUCUUAUUCGGAGAGCGAUGCCGCCGAGCUCAAUGAUCUGCUCGCUGUCGUCGCCCACCCGCAUGUUCACGACUUGUCUAUCGACCUGCAGGGCGUGACUACCACGCCACGACUCGGGCAUCGCUUGGCCGCAUGGCUCUCAACGACGCCAACGACGAAGCUUCGAUUGACUUAUGUCGACCAGAUGAACCACGAUGGGGCCAUUGCGUUCUGCGAUGCGCUCCAAGCCAGCACAACCCUCCAAGAGCUCGCCAUCGUCAACGUGCGCAGCCUCGGUGGCUUCCAUGGUC